CGCGACUUGAUUUUUAUUUACAAAAAAAAGAUUUCUGAAAUGGCGAAACAUGGUGAAUCAACAGUUGUCUGUUUAAGAAUUCAAUGGGAGCUAGAAAAGUAGAUCCAAUUCGCGAUUUAGUCGACAUGGAGAUGCGAUUUCAGAAUCAGAUGAUGAAUGUAUGGAGGAGACAUCGCAUUCGCCAUGCACAAGAGAUCUUUCCUGUCCGUCCAGCAGAACCUGGAAAGCCUCGAUUUGAAAGAGUGAUGGUUGAUGGUGACAUUGUAAGUUACCUAGCAAAUCCCCAUAAUCAAGUUGGAAUAUACAUUGCCUCUGAUCCGUUAACUCCAGAGGAUUAUUAUUUUGAAGUUGAAAUCCUUGACAGUGGCAACUUUGCAACUAUAGGUGUUGGCUUAGUGCCUCAGCGCUACCCCACUGACUCCCAGCCUGGGUGGAGGGCUUUCUCGGUGGGAUACCAUGCUGACGAUGGGAAGCUUUACAAAGCAAAUGGCUUUGGUAAACCAUUUGGUCCCAAAUCUCAGGUAGGGGACAGGAUAGGGUGCGGAAUCAAGUUCCCGAAGCCAAGCGCUGAUCAGGAAAAUCCAGCAGCUCAAAACAUGGCCAAAGUCUUCUUCACACAUAACGGGAAAGAGGUGGGCAUCGUGAUGGCCCUGUUACCUCCAGAUGGUCACCUCUACCCAGCAGUGGGCAUGCACUCUGAGGGAGAGGAAGUCAAGGUCAUUCUUGACGCGGAGUGGCACUACGAGGAUCUGGAGCUGAUGGCGGUGGACGAUGGGGAGGAUGACUGGUCCCGCCUCUAUGACGUCAAACUCAAUGGAACGAUGCUGGAGUAUUCAGGGAGAGGUAAAAGUAUCCAUGAUGUGGGUCUUGCUCAAGCCCGGUAUGCACUGGACACCUCAAAUCACUAUUUUGAAAUCGAAAUUGUGGAUCCAGGAGAAAAUUGUUAUAUUGCCAUAGGAAUAGCUAGAAGGAAUUAUCCCAAGAAUAGACAUCCCGGUUGGAAUAAAGGCUCUGUCGCAUAUCAUGCAGAUGAUGGUAAAAUAUUUGUCGGCUCUGGUGUGGGUGAACAGUUUGGUCCCAGAUGUCACAAAGGGGAUAUAAUGGGCUGUGGAAUCCUUUUUCCGAAUGACUACGACAGCGAGGCCGACAGUGACCAGUCUCCAGAUGAUCCAGAUGUCAGUAAUCGGGAACUGGAUGAGUAUCCAUCAGAUUCAGAUUCUGAGGAUGAGAACAUGUGGUGGAGACAGGGCAAUGAUGAACAAGGAACUAAAGUUCAGGUGUUUUUCACAAGGAAUGGGAAGAUUGUGGGGACUAAGCAGGUGUCUAUACCAAAAGGUGGAUUUUUCCCGACCGUUGGAAUGCUCAGUAGCUGUGAAAAAGUGCGCGUGGACCUCCAUCCAUUGACUGGAUGAUGCCCGUGAUCUUUAGCUCUUUAUUGUUUUCUCUUUGAGACUAGCAUUCACCAAUGCAAUGAUCCAACUUAUGUCAGUCCCACACAUCAAACUGCUAAAAAGCGUUUUACCUUACCUUUAUAUCCAAGAUGAAUGUUACUAACCUACUACAGCUUUAAACAAGAGAAUAAUCCAACAUACAGCAAUGAAAUUCAGAUUCUUCCUCCUUCUUGCACAUUUAUUUGUUUUUUUUGAAUGUCAGCACAGCCUUAACUGUGCUCCACAUGUGUGCCAAAACAAAUACGAAAUUGUUUUAAAAAUGUCAAUUGUUUGUAAAAAAAAAAAAAAAAAUCCAAGCAAGACCUUGUUAGUGCAGGGAGAGACUGUACCAUUGGAAAAUCUGAAGUUUUGAAUGACCUUACCUGUGUAUAUGCAUGACAAUUAACUUCCCUUCUCACAAAUCAGCGUGGUAUUCCGACUAAACAGAAUAUUUAUAUGAAAGAACUUCUCUUGCUAUGAAUCCAGCAUAUCAGAAACUGUGUACGUUUUUAUGGAGUUCGACUUCAUUGAACAUGAGCUGUGAUACACUACAUGUAGUUAGGUAUUUUGUUACGAUAUGUUGUUUGUGGGUUUGAGAGAGCAUCACUUAAAUAUAAAGGUACAUAUGGAUGGGUCGGAUGUGUAGUACAUGUAUUCUAUGUGUAUGAGGCUCAGAUGCUUACAUCCUCUAGCUAGGGCUGUUGUAUUGAAGGCCUACAUGUACAGGUUUCAGUUAUUAUUUUUUUUCUUGUUUUUAUUUAAAGUCCUAAUGUCUCAUGUAUCUUUGUUGUUAUUUUUCUCAAAAUAUUUUUGAGAUAUACCAGUUGGCACUUUUUCACAAGCAAGUUAAAGUAUCUUUUAUCUUUAUUUAAGAACACCCCUUUAACAACAUUAUAUAAAGAAUGCAGAAAAAUCCAGGCAAAUAAACCUUUUUUUCACCCCCCCCCCCCCCCCCCCAAGAACAUUAAUUUUGUUAUAUAUAGUAAAAUACUGGCAUUUCUGUUUUUUGUAUGAGGAAAACCUAAAAGAAAAAGGAUUUAGAUCUGGAGAUUUUCUUGUCCACAGUUAAUUAUUAUUUUUUUGCAGGAAGUAAAUAUGUUGCCAGGUUAUCCAUCAAUUUUAAUUUUUAUUCUUGCAAUUGCAUCUUGCUUUUUAUUUUCCAUUUCCCGGUAGAAUAGAUAAUCUUGGGUUGAAUUUCUUUCUGAGUGCAAUGCUUUUCUAACCUCGCAUGUAAAUACUUAUAAUCAUCAUUAUUAAAAAUUACUAAAAUUUAAAAAAUAUAAAAAAUGUUGAUACCAUAUGUGAUCAUCAUUUGAUAUUCUGUAUAUUUCUCAACUAAUUUGUAAGUAUUUUACAAUCAAGCAAACUUUCUUGUUGUUGAUAUAAAAUUAACAGAUGCAUAUUCUUAUGCUGUUAUGCUGUUUCAUAAUGUACAGUAUUUGUGUAAUACAUGCAAAUAUUUUUUUUCCUUCUUUUUUUUUUUUUUUUUAAUUGUUGAUUUUCUCAUGCAGAUUCAAAAUCAUGCAUGCAUAAACUAUGACAAAAUCAAGCUAACUAGCAAGAUUUAUUCUAAGACAAGCAACCAUGCAGUAUUAGAGUCUGUAGUUUUGGAACAGUUGUCAUUUUGUUGUUCAGUUGUCAAUGUAAAAAGAAGUCGGAGAAAACUGAGAUUAUAAGGAAUGUACUUGACUGUAUGGUACUGGAAAUGUCUACUUUAUGUUGUUGUUUAUAUACAUGUAUUUUGUUGUUGUUUGUUUUUUUUUUGUUCCCUACACAUGUAUAUUAUUGCAUUGAAAUAGGUAUUUUUCUAUGAAGGUAUUGUUAUUAUUAUAGAGUGUUUUAGAGUUUACGAUUUGGCAAGUGAAAAGUACAACGAUUUUCAGGAUAGAAUGCUGUGACUUGAAUAUCUUGUAAAUUGAGAACAUAUAGUUAUGAAGUUUUCAUUGAUGAUAACUAAUUGAAGUAAAAAUGCACCAUGCAAAUAAUGCUUAUUUUACAUUUGUACAAACUGUUAAAAUAUUAGUGGUUUUUUUUUGUUAAUUAAUAUUUUUAGGGUUAAAAUUAUAAUCUUUUUACAUAAAUACUUUUUUAUAUAUUGAUUUAUUCUCUUUUGAGAAGUGGACAGGCAUAGCCUUCAUCCAUGUAGGCUAUGCCUGUCCACUUCUCAAAUGAGAAUAAUAUUGAUUAAGAGAAUAAAUACCAUGCAAUUCAACCAUACAGUGUAUGUGUAUUGUUGUGAAGGAAAAAAGAAUUUUCUAGAGGAUUUUUAGAAUUUAGCUCAAUGUACCCGGUACAUAAUGUUUUUUUUGUCCAAGACAUUUUUUCUAUAAUGAUCUGCAAUAUUAUAUUUGACUGUUAUAUCUACUUCAUGUAAAAGCUAAGAUAAAAAUUAACUAAACUUGUUAGAUCGUAAUCAAAUAAAUUGAAAUAAUCUA